GCUGAGUCUGCAUGCCACUCAGCAUGGUUGUGGUCUGGUGUGGAGCCUCACAUGUGAAGCUUUGUGUACAUUUCCGUCGUCGUUUGGGAGGUUUGUGUAUAACUUUAUUUAUGAUGUCUUAACUGCCAUUGAAGACUCAGGAUAAAAUGGAUCAUUCAGGAGUGUCCUUUACCCGUCCUCAUGAGCCCAUGUCUUUAAUGAAGAUGGGUCUCUGUAUGGUGUUGGUGGGCCAUGUGAAUUUCCUGUUGGCGGCCCUGGUCCAUGGCACAGUGUUGAGGCACAUCACCCUCGACACUCAGACACUGGAGUACGCCAUCUCCAACAUUUUGGCUCUAACGGCUGGACUUGUGGGAAUCUUGGUUGGAAUACUCACUAUAGUCUUUUCCAAAAAUGAGAAGAACAGAGUCCUGACAUGGUGGGUGUGCAUGCUGAGUGCGGUAGGGGGCGUGCUGGCUGCUGCUACAGUCGUCGGGCUGCUCAUUGCUUUGGUUUGGACGUUCAUUUAUGGCACGAAAGGGCUUCUGCUCCACUGCAACUUACCUGAUGACAUGAGCUACUUCAGCAUCACUUUCGAGUGUCCCUUUGACCCCACACGCAUUUAUGGUACCACGCUGAUCCUGUGGGUGCCGCUGAUCGUAAUGAGUGUGGUGGAGUUUGUGGUCUCAGGGCGCUGCUGUGCCGUGUCCGUCUCUUUCAUCCGUCGCAGAACAAGAAUACACUGCGAGACCAGACCAGUGUGUAACACUAUGGUGGAGACCCUCAGAGCAGCUGUGCCCCCAGUGAUCCCCUGCCAUGUCCCACCACCACCCCGCUGUUGCCAUAGAGACUGUGAGCUGGUGCGCCCCCCAGAACAGCAUGAGCUGCUCCGAGCAUCACGGCCCUACAGCUCCAGCCGCUCGGCCCAGAACAGAGCACCCUCGUCUCCAUUCAACAGAGCCUCACUCAACCGGGCCAGCUUCUGGAUCUAGUUAUAAGCCUUUGUAUUACAUUGACCAAACUCUGGUCCUUCUUGAAUGGAGGUUAGGAAGGAAAUAAAACUGGAGUGCAUACCUGCGUGCAACUGGUGCAUUCCGUUAGCGUUUACUGAUUGUGUACCAUGUCGGCUGGUUUAAAUUAAUUAAAAAUGCUUCACUUGAAGGAAGUAAAAUACAGGAUGGAGAAACAUGGAGCCUGGUGUGCUGCCUGCCAUGUGUGAUCCUGCUUGCUGUAUAUGCUUGUGCCUGCAGUUAGAACAGAUGUGAAUUAUGAGUACAUUAAUUUUCUUUAAUUAUAAUGUCUUAACGUUGUUGUUGUUGUUGUUGUGUGUUUUUUUUUGUUUUUUUUUUUUCAAAAUUUAAUGUGCAAAAAAAAAUUGACAUGCUAAACAGAUUAAAGUAUUUAUUUUAGGUGAA